AAGUGACAUCUUGCUUACUACUUUGCAUGUGAUCACUGAUUCGCCAAUCAGAGAUCACAUGUCAAUUGUAUACAAUGGAUGGCUUCAUGUCAUGCCAUUCUUUGUAUACAAUUAUGUUAGCUGUGACUGGUCAAGGCAGUCACAUGAUACAGACAGGGCGAAUCACAUUCCAUCUGUAUCAUGUGAUCUGCUUUGCCCAAUCACAGCUAAUCACAGCAAAAACCUGAAUGAAUCAGUUUCAUUCAGUAGCAAUGAUUGCAACUAUCAAUAAAAUAUAUUGGCAUUAGCAAUCAUAAUGUGUUAAAAAA